AAUACGUGUAACCCCACGGUAACCCCACGUUUCUUUCUUACAAGAAAAGCUAAUCAAAUCCACCAUUGAUGCAUAGAUAAUUUUUUCCUGCAAUACCAAGUCCUGUUUGCAUAACUUUGCAUCAUAAACAAUCAACCCUCUCUCAAAUUCCGUAACUGUUGUUUUAAUAUCCUAUCUCAACGGUCACUUUCCUCUACAUUAAUGGCUAGUUUUCAUGGACUUUAGAGUUAGAGAGAGAGAGAGAGAGAGAUCAGAUAGAUGGAUUUUAGUUCUUUCUUGAUAUCUCUAGGAACAUCGUUCGUAAUAUUCCUGGUAUUAAUUUUGUUGUUCACAUUUUUGUCGAGGAAGGUGGGGAACAAGGAAGUGUACUACCCGAAUCGGAUCAUGAGGGGGAUGGAUCCCUGGGAGGGUGGGUGUAGGACCCGGAACCCAUUUGCUUGGAUCCGAGAGGCAUUCUCUUCCACCGAGCAAGACGUUAUCGCUAUGUCUGGUGUUGACUCUGCUGUCUACUUCGUCUUUCUCACCACUGUGUUGGAAAUGUUAGUUUUAGCUAGCAUUGUGCUGCUACCAGUUCUUCUGCCACUGGCUGCCACUGAAAAUAGUGUCAAGUCGGCUGAUACCAUGAGCAAGAGAGCUUUCAACGACCUUGAUAAACUAUCCAUGGGACAUGUUAAAGAAAAUAGUCCGAGGUUGUGGGCAUUUGUGAUAGCCACCUAUUGGGUUUCAUUUGUUGCAUAUUACCUAUUGUGGAAGGCAUACAACCAUGUUUCUGAUCUGAGGGCUGCAGCUUUAAUGUCUCCCAAAGUGAGGGCUGAACAAUUUGCUCUUGUUGUCAGAGACAUACCUCCUCCACCCCAAGGUCAAACAAGAAAGGAACAAGUUGAUUCAUAUUUUCAAACAAUCUAUCCCGAUACAUUUUACAGAUCAAUGGUGGUCACUAACAACAAAGAGGUGAACACAAUUUGGGAAGAGUUGGAAGGGUACAAAAAGAAGCUUGCACGUGCUGAAGCCAUAUAUGCAGAGGAAAAACAUGAAGGGAUUAGACCCACAAACAAAAUUGGUUUUCUUGGUCUCAUUGGUAAAAAGGUAGAUUCCAUAGAGUACUACAGUGAGAAAAUAAAUGAACUGAUCCCAAAAUUAGAAGCUGAACAAAAGGUCACUCUCAGAGAGAAACAACAGCCUUCAGCUUUGGUCUUCUUCUUCAGCCGGGUGACUGCAGCUUCUGCAGCUCAGAGUUUACAUGCCCAAAUGGUUGACACAUGGACGGUCAUGGAUGCUCCUGAGCCGCGCCAACUGAUAUGGACUAAUCUUCCUAAAAAGUUUUAUGAGAGGCAAAUAAGGCAGUCUGUUGUUUAUGUUAUUGUUUCUUUGACUAUAAUUUUUUAUAUGAUUCCAAUUGGGCUCAUCUCUGCAUUCACAACACUCACAAAUCUGCAGAAGCUUCUACCGUUUCUGAAGCCAAUUAUUAAUUUCUUUAAAAUUAAGACAGUUUUGGAAGCAUACCUACCACAGAUUGCCCUUAUCAUAUUUUUGGCUUUGCUGCCAAAGUUUCUUUUGUUUCUGUCGAAGGUUGAGGGCAUUCCUUCACAGAGUCAUGUAGAAAGGGCUGCGUCAGGAAAAUACUUUUACUUUACAGUGUUCAAUGUUUUUCUUGGAGUUACACUGGGUGGAACUCUAUUUGAUUCCCUGAAGACAAUUGAGAAGAAUCCUAACUUUAUCGUUUCGUUACUUGCGGAAAGCCUUCCAUCUAAUGCAAGUUUCUUCCUAACCUAUGUGGCACUGAGGUUCUUUGUCGGCUAUGGGUUGGAGCUAUCUCGAAUAGUUCCGUUAAUCGUUUACCAUUUGAAGAGGAAGUAUGCUUGCAAGACUGAAGCUGAGCUGAAAGAAGCUUGGAGUCCAGGAGAUCUUGGGUUUGCAACUAGGAUACCCAGUGAUAUGCUUAUCAUCACAAUUGUCCUUUGCUACUCUGUUAUUGCCCCUAUCAUUAUUCCAUUCGGUGUGCUGUACUUUGGCCUUGGUUGGCUUGUUCUUCGGAAUCAGGUACUCAAAGUUUACGUUCCAUCUUAUGAGAGCUACGGGAGGAUGUGGCCACACAUAAACAGGCGCAUUGUGGCUGCAUUGUUAUUAUACCAAGUUACCACGUUCGGUUACUUUGGAAUAAAGAAGUUUUACUAUGCCCCAAUCCUAAUUCCACUUCCGAUACUGUCAUUGAUCUUUUCCUUGGUUUGUAGAAAGAAAUUCUACCAUUUCUUCCAAACUACAGCUCUUGAUGUUGCUUGCCGUGAAUUCAAGGAAACACCAAACAUGGAAAUGGUGUUUAGAUCUUUCAUUCCGCCAAGCUUGACUGCUUCUGACAGGGCUGAAGAAGAUCAGUUUGAUGAUGCUUUAUCUCAGGUUUCAAGGUCAGCAUCAUUCGCUUGAUGUACAUACUUCUGUAUAUUAUUCCACAAAUUUGAUGGUUUUUCUAAUUUUGUGGAUUGUAAACCUGACUGACUCAUUGCUACUUCAAUUAGUUGUUAGGAAGUACAACUUUGUUGAAUCUAUUGCUUUGCACCAUUUGUAGUCAACUUUGUUGAACAUCAAACAAGAAUUAUAACUCUGA